AGAUCAUUCAAAACAUAAAACAUCAUAUAAUACGUUGAGCACGGUGUAAUCAGUCAAGGUCGGCCCUGCGGCUUUUUUUAAUGUUUCGGAACAUUUGAACCAUCUGUAUAUAUCUUCUUAAGUGUACACAUAUAGCAUAAAGGGAUUUAGCUUUGCUUCUUCACUGGGGUUACCGUCAACUCUACUGUGCUUGCAGCCAGUCGACCACAUGGGUUUUGUAAAAAGUGAACAAUGAAGAAAUGGCUUCAACUCGAAAGUCGAAUGAAGAUUCCUCAGCUAUUCAUUCGGAUGAGGACUCUCUAAAGUGUAUAGCUGAACAACAGAACGUUACACCAAGUAGCUUUAUUAGGAGUCAGCCGAAAGUUGAUGUUCCGGUUGAUUUUUCGAAUUCAAACCUAACUGAUGAAAACAAUUUAAAAGGAUCCAGUAAUACUCCACAAGUAUUUCUGAGUAAUUCACUCCCAUGUCUUUUCGAAAAUUCUUUGAACUUGAACUCGAUUUCUAAAUCUCUUCCUGUUUUACAUCAAAUCAAUAAUCAUACUGUACAUUCAGAGAAUAAAUUGUCGGUACAUAUUAAUGAUAAAAAUGAGAGUAUGUUUAUUCAACCUGACAACUCACCAAAAAAUAUUCAAUUAACUAAAUCUAAUUCAAAUGAAUCCUUGAAUCAUUUAAGUACAAUGGAAUUAAUAAAUAAUUUAAACACUUCUACAAAUUAUGAUAAUAAAUCUAAUUGUCAACCUAUAAUUGAACCGAAUAAAUUACUUAAUAAUAUACCAAACACAUCAAAUGUUGAUCCAUUAUUAAUUACAGAAUUAGAAAAUUCUAUAUAUCAUAUUAAAUGGAUUAAAUUUAAUAAUCAAACACGUCCAAUUAUAACACAAAAUAAUAAUGGUCCAUGCCCAAUGAUUGCUAUAGCAAAUGUACUUUUAUUACGUGGAACAAUUAAUUUAUCAAAUGAUAGUGAAUUAAUCAGUGGUAAUCGUUUAUUGGCUAUUCUUAGUGAAUUACUUUUAUCAAAAGCUCCUAAUGAUCUUGAUUACGACCAACAAGUUAAUUAUGAGUCAAAUUUCCGUGAUGUACUUUGCUUAUUUCCCAGUUUACAAACUGGACUUGAUAUAAAUAUCAGGUUUACCGGCGUGGCAGAUUUUGAAUACACUUCGACAUUAAGCUUAUUUGAUUUGUUCAACAUACACAUUUAUCAUGGUUGGCUUGUGGAUCCUGAUGAACAUGAUUUAGCUGCAACUGUUGGUAAUAGAACUUAUAAUCAAUUAACUGAAGAGUUACUCCGACUAGAAUCAUCUGAUAAUGAUGAGGAUUUAAAAAGAAGUAUACUUGUUGAAUGGUUUCUAAACGAAAGCGGUUCACAGCUAUCUUUUCAUGGUCUAAGCCAAUUAGUGACAACUUUACACGAUGAAGAAUUGGCCGUGUUUUUUCGAAAUAAUCACUUUAACACCAUAUUAAAACAUAAAAUACUUAUCAUAACGAACUGGCAUCAAUUUGAAAACAUUUAAAAGUCGAAAAGCACUAAAUAUGUGUCAUUAUUUCAUCCUAAUUCGAAACGUCCUGAUAAUAAAUAUUUGUGACUACACGCUGAUUGGAUUCUGUAUACUCCUUGAUAUUCAGUCGUUCUUCAGUUAAUAACUGUCUAUAUUCUGGAUUAUCUUCACAUUAAGCAUAUAAAUAUCCACAAACUAUCAAAAUUUUGAUAUGAUGGGCAAAAAUCAGACGUACCACUUAAAUGUUAAUUCGUUAGAGAGUGAGUGACUUAUACAAGUGAAUCCUUCCAAUCUUUUAUCACAUAUAGUCAUGUUUUUUUGUAUUGAUAUUUUGUCUGAAUGUAUAAAGAAAAUAUUCUUCCGGAUAGUGGUUUUUUCUUUGAUGCCAGUCAGUUUGAGGGUGGUCGAUAUUCCAUCCUGGCAAGUAGUUAUCACCUCCUUGUUGUAUAAUCCUACUAAUCUGCCGAUCAAUAUUUUAUUCUCUCAUUUCAACAAUUUGAAACUUUUGCACAACUCAUUGUUCCUAAUACAUAAUCCGGUGCUCAUGAGUGACAAUCUUUGUGAAUAAACUUACGGAGUCCCAAGAGGUUAAUUUCGUUUUUGAGAUCAACCAAAUUGGAAUUGGGCGAUCACUCCCCCAUACCACUUUAUGGUUGCGCUACAUCGUAAGUUAACAGUCGUUAAAAAGUGUGUAUCGUUAGUUGUCGUCUCUAACCUACUAUGGUCAUACUUGUCUUCGGACAUGAAAAUCCUAUAUAUUUUUUGUAUUAUCGCUAGUGCAAAAAGCAUUCAAUUCAAACGGUUAUUCAGUACUUCCUGAUGUCCACUAAAUCUCGAUCUGACGUCAGCGUAUGAUGAGAAUUAAACUACCUAAUUAUUAGUUAUUUCCCUCUCCACGUCACUUUGAUUACAACGUGGUCUCACCACUCUAAUUUAUGCUACUAUGACGCCAUAUUUGACUUGUUGUUUUCAGUAAAUUUUCUCCAAACAGAAAAGUAUCGAGUAUUUUAUUUUUUUUUCAUAGUAAUGUGGUUAAAAUUAUUGUAUUUCUUAGGCAAAAAGAAACUGAUUGAUGUUAGUAACUUUUUUUGUAAAUCAUAUUUAUUUUAGGAUUCAAUAUUUGUAUUAGUCACAGACAUGGGUCUUCUCAAUGAACCAAAUAUUGUUUGGGAGUUACUAAAUGAUUUAGAUGGUGAUACACAAUUUGUUGAUUGUUCAUUUCAAUUAUUUUGUCCAACAACAUCUAAUUCAUCAGUUCGAAAAACGUCUGAUGCUGUUCGUGUUAUUACAAUUAAAUCGGAUAAGUUGGAUUCAAAAUCUAAAACCGAUUGUAAAAAUACUACUAAUAGUAGUAAUAGUAAAGAUAAUUUUGUUGAAAAACAAUGCUAUCCUGAUUCCAUACCUGUGUAUAAUUUCACUGAGAGUAAUUCAACUUCAUUAGAUUAUGAUUUAUGCAAAAUGCUUCAAGAAGAAGAAAUCAGAGCUUCGAAUCAAGAUCCGGAAACAUUUUGGAAAUUAUACAAAUGAAAUAUAUACCUCAGCUUGUAUCUGUUCUUCCUCUAUACUUAACAUUUUUUUACCUGAAUAUCGUCGUAGUGGUUAGUAGCUGUUCAAUAUGAAUAAUUAGUUACUAACUAGUAACAUUUUCCUGAGAAUUAUAUAUAUAUA